UCUUAUUUUUUUAGAGUUUAAAAAAUAAAAAUAAAAACAUAAAUAUAGAAUUUUCCAAAAUUAUAUGAUCUGGCCGUAAAAGAACAACUUGAGAAGCCUGGACAUUAAAAUAUGACAAAAGACAUUUUAUUUUGGAAAAACGAUUUAAUUCUUUUCUUAAGUUUCCAUUAAUUUACUUGAAAAUGAAAUCAAAAUGCUGCGUUUGUGUUCAGCUCCAACAAGUUCACCGGAUCAUCCGCGCUCGGAGGAAACUGAUUAAUUGUUAAAACAAUCGGUGAAUGACGGACUAAUCGAUUACUGACCUGAUCGCUGGCUGCAGCCCUGUCCUGUGUUUUCCUGUGAAGGUCGGAGGUCAGUGGCGACCAACAGGGUCGACAUGGUAAUGUGAAGGUCGGAGGUCAUCUCGUUCUGCUUUUCAACAUCUUGCUCCGUUUUCCAGAUGAUUUGACCUCAUUUCUGAAACAGGAGGUUCUGACCCACUUCCUGCCUGCGCCUGCAGACUUCCUGUCCCGCCUCCGCCAUGAGUGACAUCUUGGAGUCGGCGGCCGGCUCUCUGGGUCUGUUCAGCAGCUCCUGCCUCACCAAGGUGGAGUUGCGCCUCACUUGUAAGGGCGUCUCGGACCGGGACGCGCUCUCCAGGCCCGACCCCUGCGUCGUGCUCAACAUGCAGUCCCAUGGCCGGUGGAUGGAGGUGGACCGGACGGAGGUGAUCCGCAGCUGCGUCAACCCCACCUACUCCAAGGUCUUCACCUUGGACUUUUAUUUUGAAGAGGUGCAGCGGCUGCGCUUCGAGCUGUUCGACAUCAACAGCCACAACGGGCCGAAGGAGGCCGACUUCCUGGGCUCAGUGGAGUGUACGCUGGGACAGAUCGUCUCUCAGAGGAACCUGACCAAAGCUCUGCUCCGACCUGGAGGAACCGUGGGGAAAACCAUCAUCACGAUCACAGCAGAAGAGCUGACGGGGAACGAUGACUACAUCGAGCUCUCCUUCAGUGCCAGGAAGCUGGACGACAAGGACUUUUUCAGUAAAUCGGAUCCGUUCCUGGAGAUCUACAGAGUGAACGACGACGCCACCAUGCAGCUCGUCUACAGGACGGAGACGGUCAUGAAUAAUCUGAAUCCGGUUUGGAAAACCUUCAAAGUGUCUCUGAACUCGCUCUGCAGCGGAGACCACGACAGGAAGCUGCAGUGCACCGUGUGGGACUGGGACUCCAACGGGAAACACGAUUACAUCGGAGAGUUCGAGGCAUCUUUCAAGGAGAUGAGAGGCGCCAUCGACGGCAGACAGGUCCAGUGGCCGUGCAUGAAUCCCAAAUACAGAACCAAGAAGAAGAACUACAAGAACUCUGGGAUCGUCAUCCUGAACCAGUGCAAGAUCAUCAAGAUGCAUUCCUUCCUGGAUUACAUCAUGGGCGGCUGUCAGAUACAGUUCACUGUGGCCAUCGACUUCACGGCGUCUAACGGUGACCCGCGGAACAGCUGCUCCCUGCACUACAUCCACCCCUUCCAGCCCAACGAGUAUCUGAAGGCGCUGGUGGCCGUGGGCGAGAUCUGCCAGGACUACGACAGUGAUAAAAUGUUCCCAGCGUUUGGCUUCGGAGCCCGGAUCCCUCCAGACUUCAAGGUUUCCCACGACUUCGCUGUGAAUUUCAACAAGGACAACCCGGAGUGUGCUGGUAUCCAGGGUGUGGUGGAGGCGUACCAAGCCUGCCUACCCAAGCUGCAGCUCUACGGCCCCACCAACAUCGCCCCCAUCAUCCAGAAGGUUGCCAAGUCCGCCUCGCAGGAGGUCCACACCAAAGAGGCCAUGCAAUACUUCAUUCUGCUGAUCCUGACUGACGGCGUCAUCACCGACAUGGCCGACACCAGGGAAGCCAUCGUCCAGGCCUCCCAUCUUCCGAUGUCCAUCAUCAUCGUCGGGAUAGGGAACGCUGACUUCGGUGACAUGCAGAUGCUGGAUGGGGAUGACGGGAUCCUGCGGUCGCCCAAAGGAGAACCCGUCCUCCGGGACAUCGUCCAGUUUGUCCCCUUUCGCAACUUUAAACAUGCCUCUCCGGCUGCUCUGGCUAAGAGCGUCUUAGCAGAAGUGCCCAAUCAGGUGGUUGACUACUACAACAGCAAGGGCAUCAAGCCCAAAGUGCCCAGUGAAUACCAGUCUUCCAGGCCGUUCGGCCCCUGAACCUCAGCACCACAGCAGACCAACCUCACAAAAUGUUUACUGUCUUGUGUUUUUUUGUCAAAGCGGAUGCUAAAGAUGAUGCACGCAGUAUUUACCCAUGAGGCAUUGGGGCCAUCUAUCCUUGAACCAGUUGGCCUUCACAGUUUUGUUCUGAGGGACCAAAUCUAGGAACCCCUUGUUUCCUGCUUUUGCUGCUGCUAGUUUAGAACUUUUAAUGAUGUCAUCAACUGAAACAUUUGCUGCCUUUCAUAUCAAAUAAUAAUUCCCAACGGCAACCCCCUUAAGCUACACUCGUCUUCCUCUUUGGAUGAAGGUGGAGAUGCUUUUCAGGCCUUAUUGUUGAUCAGAGAGCUGCUGUUCUCCUGGUAACUGCUGAAGAUCAUAAGACCUGUAGAUCCAAAGUCCAUCUGGUCCACCCUAGAUAGGCAUCUGAAAGGUUCAGUCAACAUUUCCAUUGAUCAUUUACUUGUUGAGAAGAAACCUCAGUGCAUUGACAGCAAGAGGUUUUGACAUCCCAGAACCAAGAACAUAGUUGAACAAAGAAUAGGCAGUUGAACCUUCAGAAGGAGCAGUUUGGCUUCCGUCCUGGCCAGGGAACACUGGACCAGCUCUACACCCUCCGCAGGAGCUCAAGGGCUUAUGGGAGUUUGCCCAACUGGCCCACAUUUGUUUCGUUGAGCUGGAGAAGGGGUUCAACCGUGUCCCUCAUGGGCACCCGUAGGGGUCCCCCACGAGUACAAAAUCCAGGGUCCUUUAUUAGGGAUUCUCUGUACAGGCAUCACUGACACUGAACCAGACCUGUUUGUGGUGCAUGUUGAACUCCGGUGUGGCUGCCAUUUAUCACCAGUCCUGUUCAUGAAGGGCUUGACAUGUGGGAGGCGACGUCGCUCCUUCUCCAUUUAUUUCCUGUGGAACUUGCGCAAUGAGGUGACAAUCACUUGCACUCGUCCAGAGAAAUUUGUACAAUGGAAACAAGUAGACAUGUACACCUGGGCUUUUUGCUACUGUUGCUGUCAUAUUCCUCACAUUGAGCCCAUAACUUGUAUGGACAGGAUUUGUAGGCGUAGCCGAGUGUUGGGAAGGUCUAGUUUGUUAAUCGGUGGAUUUUGUUCCUUGUUUUAUACGAAUGAUGUGGUUCUGCUGGCUCUUUCUGGCCUGGAGCUACAGAAUGCACAGGGAUGGUUCACAGCCAAGUGUGAGGCAGCUGGAAGUCUGAGACAAUGGUUGGAUCAGUUUGGCUUCUCCAGGUUGGAGGGACGUUACUCCCUCAAAUGGAGGAGUUCAUCCAUCUUGUGGUCUUGUUCAUCAGUAAAGGGAGGAUGGAUACGGAGAUUGAUAGACAAAUCAGUGCAGCUGCAGUGCGGACUCUGCACGGGUCCACUGCGGUGAGGACAGAGCUGAGUCGAAAAGCAAGACUUUCCAUUUACCGGUUGGUCUACAGACCAACCCUGACUCUGCACAGUUGGAGAAAUCCUGGCUCUUCUUUACUUACAAGUCAUCACAACCACGAUGACCAGAAAGUCAAACACAUUCCUCAGAGUUUUGUUGUUUUUUUGUAAGUUGGUGUUGGUUCUGUUCAGUAUGCCGGUCCGGUGGAAGCUGAUGGCAGAAGCUGUGAGAGGUCAGAGGUUUCAGAAAUGACAUGUUGGGUACUUGUAGCGUCUUGUCUGAUGGAUUUGACCAGAAUCAGCACUGGACCUUGGGAUCAGUGGACUUUCAGAGGACAUGUCUGCAGGAUCGUUGGAUGGUUGAACUGUUUCUAAGGUCAGGAGGCCAUGACAUCAUCCACUUCCUUUGAGCCAGCUGGACAUGCCACUUCUACAGGAAGUUAUUGACCAUCAGGUGUCAAGCUCCGCCACAAUUCGUAUGACGUCACCAUGUCGGUCCUGAAACUGUGGAAAACAACCUCUGUGGCAUCUUCACAUGAAUCUAUGUAGGAU